AUGGCAUCUAUAACUCCCUCCCAAGAAGAACUGCAGCGGUUCUACAUCGGCAAAGAUAUCAGCGAUGUACCCAAGCCCGCCGCCGUGCUGGACGUAGCAAUCAUCCGCCGACACUGCGAGACCAUGCUGCGCACAAUCAAAGCGCUGAAUGUCGGAUUCAGAGUACACGUUAAAUCCCACAAGACACCCGAAAUCGCCAGACUCCAAAUCGGCGACAGCAUCGAGGCCAAUUUCAUAGCCUCAACAGUCAUCGAGAUCGAGAUGAUGACCCCUCUCCUCCAAGAGCUAAAACAGCAAGACCGGAGAAUCAACAUCCUCUACGGCAUCCCCCUAGUCCCAUCUCAAGUCCCACUACUAGCCAAGGCAGCCAGCACGCUAGGCGAGAACAGCAUCACCGUAAUGAUCGACCACCCAGACCAACUCCCCUAUCUAGAAAAUCUAUCCACUCUAGCCGGCCACCCAGUCAGUGCAUUCGUCAAAGUCGACACAGGCUACCACCGCGCCGGCCUGCCGCCCGUGUCUCUCAACAAAAACGGGUUACUCGAGAAACUGGCCUCUCUCGAGACUGCAGGCGGCGCGAAACUCCUAGGACUAUACUCACACAGCAGUCUGAGCUAUAGCGGGACGACCCCCGAGCAAGCGAUGGGCCAUUUAAUCGGCGAGAUCCGCGGAUGCAAAGACGCCCUACAGAGGAAUUCGCAUCUCCUGCCCAGCCGGGAACUGGUGAUCAGCGUCGGUGCUACGCCGCAGGCUGUGUCUUCUCAGAAUCUGCUGAUUGAGGAUGUUUCUCGCGAAGCAAUAGAGUUGAAGGCUUUGCUGCGCGAGACAAAUGUCGAGUUACAUGCUGGCGUCUAUCCCCUCCUGGAUAUGCAGCAAUUCUCUACGCAUGCCAGUGCCGAGUCGGGGAGUUUGGAGGAUGAAAUUGCUAUUUCGGUGCUUGCGGAAGUCUGCAGUGUCUAUAAUGACGGUGAGCGAGAGAAGUCCGAGGCGUUGCUGGCUGUUGGGACGUUGGCGCUGGGUCGGGAGCCGUGUCCGAGUUACUCCGGGUGGGGGGUUGUUUCAUCCUGGAGAUUGGAUGGCGUUGAUAAAUCUUCUGAGAGAUUAAUUGUGGAGAGGAUCAGCCAGGAGCAUGCAAUUGUGUCUUGGGAGGGUGAGUCCCAGGAGAAGAUACCUGUGCGUAUCGGACAGGUUGUUAAAGUCUACCCGAAUCAUGCUUGUGUGACUGGUGCCUUUUAUGGGUGGUAUUUUGUUGUCGAUUCGGAUCGAGAUGGCGAUGCUGCUCGUAUUGUGGAUGUUUGGGUUCGGGCGAGAGGAUGUGGAAUGAGGGCCUGGUAG